GUGAGGGUGACCAACGACAGAGCAGUCCACAAGUUAUAAGUAGAUAAUUUUGUUUGUUUUGUACUCGUCACUACUGGGUGAAAUACUCACUCACAAAUACGCCGGAUUCCUCUAGAGGGCAGCCUUCACAACUGGUAACCUGCACAGAAACAAGAUGUUAGGAGUAACAACUCUAGGCCUAGUCUCCGUGGUUAUUUUCUUAUGGCUGCUAUGGAGAAAGAAACGCAUCACCUAUCUAGAAGAACUGGAAAUUCCUGGACCCAAACCAAACAUCUUAUUUGGGAACAUGUGGGAGAUGUACACAAAGGGACCUCUUUAUUGCCUUCAGAAAUGGAUUGAUAAAUAUGGCAAAGUCUUUGGGUACUACCUAGGUAUGAGGCCAGUUAUCUGUAUAGCCGAUCCUGAUUUGUUGAAAAACAUUCAAAUAAAGGACUUUCAGAAUUUUAUCAACAGGCCGGGGUUGUUUCAAGCCCAACCUAAGCCAGGAAACAAAAUGUCGCAUGCAUUAACCCACGUUCAAGGUCAUCGCUGGAAAGAAAUCAGAAGUGUGUUAACGCCUUCGUUUACAACAGGAAAAUUAAAAACAAUGUCAUCAAUAAUGAAUUACGCUAUACAAGAACUUCUCACCAAUAUCGAGAAAAAGUCUCAAGAAGGGAAGCCUUUCGACGUGUACAAGUUAUAUCAGAGUUUGACUAUGGAUGUGAUCGGGAGGUGUGCUUUGGGGAUACAGACAGACGUCCAGAAGAGUCCUGAAGAACACGAGCUCGUUAAAAACUCUAGAGUGAUUUUCUCUCGUGAAUUCCAUUCUUGGUUGACGGUUAUGAUGGUCUCCUUCCCGGAAAUUGAGACAAUAAUGACCAAGUUGGGUCAAAUGAGUUUUAAGUUCCGCAAUAAAGGAGUCAACCCAGUCUUUCGUCUAAUGAGCAUGUGUAGCCAAGUAAUUCAAUCCAGAAAAGCGGACAACUCGAAGCGACGCCCAGACCUGCUCCAGUUAAUGAUCGAUUCUCAAAAUAAAAAAGUCGACAUGGGGAAAAUAACUGCAGACCAACUUACCGCUGGAGACGAAGCUGAUAAAUAUGACGAGAAAGCACAGGGAACUGAAAAUGGUGACAUUAAACCUUCUGAGUCAAAUAAGGCCACCACCAAGACCCGGGGGUUGUCAGACACUGAAAUAGAAGCAAAUGCUUUUAUAGCUCUACUGGCAGGAUACGAGACGACAAGUACAGCGCUUGGUUUCACCACACACCUGCUUGUAAAACAUCCUGAAGUGCAGGAGAAAAUACGGCAAGAAGUAGAUCAACUAAUGGCUGAAGAAGGAGAGACACUUGACUACGCAAAGGUUCAUAAGCUGCAGUAUUUGGACCAGGUUCUGUCCGAAAGUCUACGGUUUUAUCCUCCAAUCUACCUUUUUGUCAACCGACAAGCAAGCAAGGAUAUCCAGUACGGAUCUCUUCGUAUCCCGAAGGGGAUGACAGUUCAAGUGCCUGUGUAUCAUCUUCAUCAUGAUCCAAAUCUGUGGCCAAAUCCAGAAAAGUUCGAUCCAGACAGGUUUUCUCCACAAAAUCGCCAGAAAAAUAAUCCUCUUGCUUGGCAACCGUUCGGACAAGGUCCCCGAAACUGUAUUGGGAUGAGAUUCGCCCAAAUGGAAGCCAAAUUGGCUUUAGCUCAAAUUCUACAUAAAUACCGCUUGGAACCAAAUGAAAUGACAGAAAAGGAACUGACUAUUACAGUACGCCCGGCUACACUUACCCCAGGUAAAGGUGUAUAUGCAAGAUUUGUCCCCCGAAAUUGACAGCAGUUGUUUUUGGUGGAUUGGAUAUUGCCUGCACUAACUUAACCUACCGAAUAAUAAUGGAGUAACAAAAUACAAAUUUAAAAAUACAAUUUUUUAAAUUUAGUAUAAACACUGUAAAUCAGAAAAAUGAUAAAAAAAAACUUUCCGAGAA